UCUCGAAGGAGCAAGGAAGCGAUGCGGAGGGGGCGAAGAUGGCCAAGCUGCAGAUGCUGAUAGAGGAGGAGAUCCCAUCGGGCAAGCAGGCGCUGAUCAAGAGCUACCAGAACCUGACGCGGGUGGCCGACUACUGCGAGAACAACUACAUCCAGGCUACAGACAAGAGGAAAGCUUUAGAAGACACCAAAGCCUAUACAACCCAAUCACUAGCUAGUGUUGCAUAUCAAAUAAAUGCACUGGCCAACAAUGUACUCCAAUUGCUGAACAUCCGAGCAUCUCAGCUUAGGAGAAUGGAGUCUUCCAUCAAUCAUAUCUCUCAGACUGUGGACAUUCAUAAAGAGAAAGUGGCUCGAAGAGAGAUUGGUAUUUUAACAACAAAUAAGAAUACAUCAAGAACUCAUAAAAUAAUAGCACCUGCAAAUAUGGAACGUCCAGUAAGGUAUAUUCGGAAGUCUAUUGACCAUAUGGUUCUGGACGAUGUGGGCCAUGGUGUCAAGCAUGGAAAUAACCAGCCUGCAAGAACUGGCACAUUGUUGAGAACAAAUCCUCCUACUCAGAAACCACCAAGUCCUCCCAUGUCAGGCAGGGGAACAUUGGGACAGAAUACUCCUUAUAAAACCCUGGAACCUGUUAAACCUCCAACGGUUCCCAAUGACUACAUGACAAGUCCUGCUCGACUUGUCAGUCAGCACAGUCUGGGCAGGACGGCUUCUUUAAACCAGAGACCCAGGACACACAGUGGAAGUAGUGGAGGAAGUGGAAGUUGAGAAAAUAGCGGAAGCAGCAGUAUUGGCUUUCCCAUUGCUGUGCUAACGCCUUCACCAUCCACUAUUGGACCAGUUGCUGAUAGUCCAACACCACCACCACUUCCUUCACCAGAUGAUAUCCCUAUGUUUGAUGACUCUCCACCACCACCACUACCUCCCCCCAUGGAUUACGAAGAUGAAGAGGCUGCGGUAGUCCAAUACAAUGAUCCGUAUGCAGACGGGGAUCCUGCUCGGGCUCCCAAGAAUUAUAUCGAGAAAUUUGUGGCAAUAUAUGAUUACACAAAAGACAAGGAUGAUGAGCUAUCAUUUAUGGAGGAUGCAAUCAUUUAUGUAAUAAAGAAGAAUGAUGAUAGAUGGUAUGAAGGAGUCUGCAAUCGAGUGACUGGUCUGUUCCCUGGGAACUAUGUUGAAUCAAUCAUGCACUGUACUGAUUAAACUUUUGCGUUAAGAGUAGGUUCUUUCA